AUGACCAUGAAUAGCGCCUCCAAAAAAAGAGCAUUUAGCGACUAUAGUGGCUGGAAUAGAGAUCAGCUCAUUGAACGGAUCAAGCUGCUUGAGGAUUCACAAGGAUUAUACAUUAAUAAUGAGGUCAAUGUUGAUAGGGCUCAGAAAAGGGUACACGAAAGUGCGAAAGAGCGGAAGGAAGCCAAAAAAAUACGAAAGAUCAAUAAACAACGUGGAAUUGAUUUCUCUAAAUAUGAAACGAGACAUAUUGCAUUGAAGUUUUCAUAUCUCGGUUGGGAUUAUCAAGGGUUAGCAUUGCAAGGUUUACCCACGGACCGUCCUACAGUUGAGGAGGUAAUAAUUAAGGCCUUACAACAAGUUAGAUUAGUCCAGUCACCGAAUCCCGCUGAUUUUUUGUUCAGUCGUUGUGGCAGAACUGAUCGCGGGGUUAGUGCUAUGAAUCAGGUAAUUUCACUUAGAGUUCGUUCAAGACUCACGAAGGAGCAGCUGAAAGAUCCUGCAAAUGAUAAUUUGGAGUUAGAUUAUAUUAAAAUGCUCAAUCAUGUCCUUCCGGCAGAUAUCAGAUUUCAUGCAAUAUGCGUUCGCCCCCCAAAGGGAUUUGAUGCACGCUUUAGCUGUCAAUGGAGACAGUAUAAAUAUAUAUUUAAUUCUAAAGGGUUAGAUAUAGAUAGAAUGAGAAAAGCUGCACAAAUGUUUGUUGGUCAACAUGAUUUUCGGAAUUUUUGCAAGGUUGACGGGUCCAAACAGCUUAAAAAUUUUACACGGGAGGUUUACUCAACCGCAAUCGAAUCUCUUGAACAGGAACCUGGCUUUUCCGUUUUUGAUCUUAAAGGAUCAGCCUUUCUUUGGCAUCAGGUUCGCUAUAUGGUAGCCGUUCUUCUUACAAUAGGUCAAAAACUUGAAGAGCCAACGAUUGUUAAAGACUUGCUCAAUAUAAAUAUGUAUCCAUGCCGCCCUGCUUAUAAACUUGCACAUGAUAUUCCACUAAUAUUAUAUGACUGUGGAUAUGACCCUCAGACAGUGAAGUGGACAGCGGGACCAUCAAGAAAGUACGUUAGUCACCUGGCUUUAGAUGGGCUUACAAACAAUUAUAAAGUUAAGUCUAUAGUGGUUGAAUAUAUGCAAAAGAUUGUGGAAUGCAGUAUCCCUCAAAAAAUGGACAAGACAAUAGUUAAUUUAGGUGAUGGAGCUGGUCAAGUGUGCUGCAAAUUUAUUCACUAUGACAAAAGGCAAAAAGUUGAGCCACCUGAAGUUACAAAUGCAAAAUGGCUUAAUAGGAAGAUGAAACAUGUUCAGCAUAAAAUGGAGGAAGAUUCCUAG